CUUAUGACAUUAUAUUAGAUAUUAUUUUGUGUCCACUCCACUUGAACCGUUGCAAUUCGUCAUAAUAUUAGGUAGGGACACAUCGAAACAAUUAUAUUUUCUUCAAAUGCACCGUCAACUAGUGCUGGUGGUAAACAGCGAGGUUCUGGGACUGAAUAUUGCGGUCACGUUGAUAAAAACACGCGAUUCUUUUUAAAUUGUGUGAUUGUUGUCUGUCGAUAGUGUUAUUUUAUGUAAAUUGCGUAUUUAUUCAUAACUUACCUUAGUAUUAAAACAAGACUACUUUAAACAGAAGAGAACACAAAAUAGAAAAUUUUUUACAUUGAACAUGAACGUCGAUAAAUUCCUCUAGAAUGAUUAUUUUUGUCGAAUUUUCAAAUAUUUCAUGUCAAAAUGGUACAGUUCAAUAGAUGGACAUUUUUAAAACUAGUAGAAGUGGUGUUAGUUGUGGUAUGUUUAACUUAUAAAAGAGUAACAGAUGACGAAGCUUCAAGGGUGUUUCUCUAUCUUCAAAAAAUUUCUCGAGAAUGGAGUCUUUUGAAUAACAUAACAUGGAGUAAAGUGGGCGCCGCGGUUGCCGAUACCACUUACGGAGGUUAUCUAAUAAUAUGUGCAGCAUUGUUCCUUGGACAUUUAUUCGGGGAAUUACCAACCACUUCUAGAAUAACGGAAUACAUUUUAUUGGGCGUGGGGACUAUAUUAUUCAUAGUUAUGGGUAGUUUAUCAUUCGCUGCUCUAGAUUCAGUUCCUGCGAAUUUAAUAGACAACGCAGCCAUAGUAGGUACGUUUUCUCUAGUAGUAGCUGCUUUGUUUCUCCUAGAUAUGGGAGGACCGAAAAGAAAAUCUCAAAAAUCUCAACAUGCCCAACCGAAAAAAAUAGUAAUCCCCCCAGAUAGUAAAGUGGUGACAAAGCACGAAGUAGAUAAAGAUAAACAAAAAGUGGGCAAGUUAAAGACAGAUAUGAAGAAACCAGAAGAAAUUCAGUACCAUCCUAAAAAAGAAAAGGAAAAAAAUGGAAAGAACGGAAUUACUGUAAUGGAAAUGCAAACUACCAAUAACCACAACGGUUAUCAGAGAAUGCGCGAUGAUUCUUUUAAAAGGUUCGGUAUAUACGGUCAAGACGUUACAGACGACGGAAGUACAGAAGCUGAUGAUAUGGAAUUACCUCCACAGAUGGAAAUCCAUUCUCCAGUAUGGAGCAAUAUCAGGAAAGGAGAAUAUGGGAAAUAUGAUGUUUCAAAUCCGAAAUAUAUAUUACAAAGAUCUGAUAGAUUACAUGAAGAGAUAAGACCUCCAAGCAGUCCCGGCGAACCAGGAUAUGUACAAUAUACUGCCCAACAUUGGGGUGAAACUGGUCCAAAAACUCCAAGACACAGUCCAACACAAGUUUGAAAAAUUAAAUCUUAUUCGCCACUUUUUAUCAAAUAUACGAAUGCACUUUGUAUUUUUAGUUUAAUCUAUUCAUCAAAUAAAAUAUGAAAACCUUACAUGUAGUUACUUAAUAUUUUUGUCAACUGAAGGGAUAAAAAAAAUCUGAUUUACUUAUUCUUACGAAAUUUUGAAUUAGAACAGAAUUUACUAUAAAUAAUAAAUUACCUAAAGUAGAUAUUGAUGAGCAGGCAAACACUGUGAUUUUCUGCUUUGAAAUAAUGUUGAAAUUUGAUUAUAUGUCGAGUAACAUCAAACUUAUUUACUUCUUAGACCUUUUUAAUAUGGUUUUGUCUUGAUUAUCUUGACUUUCAAGUCUCUAUCAAUUAAAAUUUCGUUUAAUAGCA